UGGUGUGGACAGAAACAUAGGCAGCAUCAAAAUGAAAAUUCCUUCUUUUCAAGGGAAGAAUAAUCCAGAUGCCUAUUUGGAGUGGGAACGAAAAGUGGAGAUGAUAUUUGAAUGUCACAACUACUCUGAAGAGAAAAAGGUAAAAUUAGCCGCUGUUGAAUUUUUUGAUUAUGCUAUUGUUUGGUGGGAUCAAUUGUGUAAAGACAGGCGUAGAAAUGGUGAAAGGCCUGUGGAGACUUGGUUGGAGAUGAAACAAAUCAUGAGGAGGAGAUUUGUCCCUAGCUAUUACUAUAGGGAUUUGCAUCAACGGCUGCAAACCUUGACACAAGGUUCCAUGAGUGUUGAUGAGUAUCACAAGGAGAUGGAGAUAACCAUGAUAAGGGCUAAUGUGGAUGAAGAUCGUGAGGCCACCAUGGCUCGAUUCCUAAGUGGAUUAAACAAGAACAUUGCUGAUCUUGUAGAAUUGCAACAUUAUGUGGAGAUUGAAGAUAUGGUGAAUGUGGCCAUGAAGAUUGAGAGGCAACUCAAAAGAAAAGGCACAAGGUAUGAUUCAAAAUCUUAUUCGGGUUCUUCUUCUUCUUGGAAACCGAAUUGGAGUAAAAAGGAUGAUAAACCCAUUGUUAAGCCUAAAAUUGAUGAGACUAAAGGUAGAAAUGAAUUAGGCAACAAGGGUAAAGGUGAGAAUCUACCUAAUCAAACUAGAGGUAUUAAGUGUUUUAAGUGCCUUGGGCAUGGACAUGUGGCACGCGAGUGUCCUAAUAAAAGAGUUAUGAUCAUGAGGGAUGGAAUUGUAGAAUCUGAAAGUGAGAAAGAUGAUGAUGAAGACAUUCUAGAGGAUACUAGUGAUAUAGAGUAUGCUAAAGGUGAAAAUCUAGUUGUUCAACGCAUACUUAGUUUGCAAAAUGAAAAUGAUGAACAUGGUGAACAACGUGAAAAUCUGUUUCAUACUCAUUGUUUGAUUGCUAACAAGUUGUGUAAUGUGAUUGUUGAUAGUGGAAGUUGCACAAAUGUGGCAAGCACCUUGCUCGUGGAGAAACUGAAAUUACCUACUAUCAAGCAUUCAAAACCGUACAAGUUACAAUGGUUGAAUGAUAGUGGUAUAGUAAAGGUAAAUCGACAAGUGUUAAUUUCCUUUUCAAUUGGUAGAUAUAAGGAUGAAGUUUGGUGUGAUGUGGUACCUAUGUAUGCUAGUCAUAUGUUAUUGGGGAGACCAUGGCAAUACGAUCGAAGGGAAAAUGAGGAUCUCUUUCCCGAAGAAAUUCCUAAUGGUUUGCCACCAAUUAGAGGAAUUGAGCAUCAAAUUGAUUUCAUUCCAGGUGCAAGCAUACCAAAUAAGCCAGCAUAUAGAUGCAACCCCGAAGAGACCAAGGAAAUCCAAAAACAAGUAAGUGAGCUUAUGAAAAAAGGGUAUGUGCGAGAAAGCAUGAGUCCGUGUGCAGUUCCUGUUCUGUUGGUGCCUAAAAAGGAUGGAUCAUGGAGAUAUGUUGUUAAUGAUAAAGGAAUACAUGUUGAUCAAGAAAAAGUGAAAGUAAUUAGGGAGUGGCCAAAACCUACCAGUGUUAGUGAUGUUAGAAGUUUUCAUGGUCUUGCUAGCUUUUAUAGAAGAUUCAUUAAGGAUUUUUCUACAAUUGCUGCACCAAUAACUGAAUGCAUAAAAAAAAAUAUGGGAUUUAGAUGGGGUGAAAAACAAGAUGAUGCUUUUAAUUUGCUUAAAGACAAACUCUGUUCAGCACCUUUGCUUGCUUUACCGAACUUUGCUAAAACUUUUGAGAUUGAGUGUGAUGCGAGUGGAAUAGGAAUUGGAGGAGUCUUAAUGCAAGAAGGCAGACCCAUUGCAUUCUUUAGUGAGAAGCUAAGUGGAGCAAGUCUUCACUACCCAACAUAUGACAAGGAGUUUUACGCUUUAGUAAGAGUGUUAGAGACAUGGCAGCACUAUCUUUGGUAUAAGGAAUUCAUUAUACACACCGAUCAUGAGUCCUUGAAAUAUCUCAAAGGACAAGGAAAACUAAACCGUAGGCAUGCAAAAUGGGUGGAGUUUAUUGAAUCCUUUCCAUACAUCAUCAAGUAUAAACAAGGUAAGGAAAAUGUGGUUGCCGACACUCUUUCUAGAAGGUAUCAUGAUGAUUUUCUUUUCAAAGAAAAUAAGUUGUGUAUUCCUCAAUGUUCAAUGAGAGAAUUACUUGUGAGAGAGGCACAUAGUGGAGGUUUAAUGGGGCAUUUCGGGAUUAGAAAAACUUUAGAUAUGUUAAGUGAUCAUUUCUUUUGGCCACAUAUGAAAAGAGAUGUUGAGAGAUUAUGUAAGAAAUGCAUUACUUGCAAACAAGCUAAAUCUAAAGUAAUGCCUCAUGGAUUGUAUACUCCUCUUCCUAUAACUAGUGAGCCUUGGGUUGAUAUAUCCAUGGACUUUGUCUUGGGUUUACCAAGGUCAAAAGGAGGGAGAGAUUCUAUUUUUGUUGUUGUUGACAGGUUUAGCAAGAUGGCACAUUUUAUUCCUUGCCACAAAACAGAUGAUGCAACACAUGUUGCGGGGCUGUUUUUCAAAGAAAUUGUAAGAUUACAUGGCAUUCCAAAGACAAUUGUGAGUGAUAGAGAUGUGAAGUUCCUUAGCCACUUUUGGAAAACACUUUGGAGCAAGUUGGGUACAAGGCUAUUGUAUUCAACCACUUGUCACCCACAAACAGAUGGACAAACGGAGGUGGUAAAUCGAACUUUAUCAACACUUUUGAGAGCCAUAAUUCAAAAGAAUUUGAAAAAUUGGGAGGAAUGUUUGCCACAUGUGGAGUUUGCUUAUAACAGAAGUGUACAUGCUACAACAAACCAUUCCCCAUUUGAAGUUGUAUACGGGUUCAAUCCAUUAACUCCUAUGGAUUUGCUACCUUUACCUUUGGUUUGGUUACACUUGAGGAAGGAAAGAUUUCCUAACCAAAGGAAGUAUAAACUAAUGCCAAGAGGAGAUGGUCCAUUUCGAGUCUCUCAAAAAAUCAAUGACAAUGCAUACAAGUUGGAACUACCGGGUGAGUAUGGUAAUGUUAGUGCAACCUUCAAUGUUUCUGAUUUAUCUUUGUUUGAUGCUGGUGAUGAAGACACUGAUUCGAGGACGAAUCCUUUCAAGGAAAGGGGGAAUGAUAUGAAUGAGCAAGUUGAUUAUAAUUCUGCCAAAGACCCUUUAACUAUUCAUCGAGGACCAAUGACAAGAGCGAAAUCUAAAAGGAUGAAAGAAGCCUUAACUUGUUUAGAUUUAGAGGUUGAGCAGUUAGAUAUGAAGACAGCUUUCCUUCAUGGUGAUUUGGAGAAGAAAAUUUAUUUGGAGCAACUAGAAGGCUUCAAAGUUAAAGGUAAAGAUAACUUUGUCUGUAAGUUGAAGAAGAGCUUGUAUAGGUUAAAGCAAGCUCCAAGAUAG